UCAAAUAUAUUUGAGUUUAUAAUAUUAAGUCAAUAUGGCAAUACUACAAUCCUGUUGCUGUUGGAGAACAGUACGAAAAGGAAGCUAUGCCAGUGGUAUUUAUACAACGAUAUACUUUUCAUUAACCAUGUUUAUGAUGGCUAAAUUGGUACACGAUGAACAUAAUUAUUUAUUUAAUGAGCAUCCUUCACCACAAAGUACAAGUAUUUUGGAACCAAAUACAGUGUCGUCAAUUACAAUGAUGUUUAGUAUCGUGAAUUUAUGCUGCUCAAUUAUUGGAAUUGUAUCUUCUUUAUUACUGCUUUAUGGAUUAUAUAAGGAUAAUAAAAUAUUUUUGAUACCAUGGAUAUUUACAGUCUCCGUUCAUAUGAUCAUAGAUCUAGUACAUUCUAUUUACAUUUUUGUAAUGGGACCUUUUAAACCAGUUAACGCUAUUCUUUGGACUAUGGAUUUCUUUCAUUUAAGUUUAUAUAUUUAUGCAUUUUUAUGCGUUGUAUCCCAAUACCAAGAAUACCAAGCUGGCCGUGGUACUGCUGAUUACGAACGCCAACUUCGAAUUCCACAUGUACAAUACACUGCACCAACAACCGGUACGAGCUUAACUGGAAUGCGUAAAGGAGUCACAUACCAUGAAACACGUCCAACACCAACACAAAGUCCAACUGCAUUAAAUACGUCACUCUGUACGGCUGGAGGUGAUGAUUCUACACCAAAUAGUCGGCGGCCUAGUCGAAAACAUGUUCAAUUUCCAGAUCAUAAUAAUAAAAUUGAAGAAAAUAAUCCAGAACGUCAAGAAUCAAUAAAUAAUAUGGAAUGUGAAGAGCCGUUCACGAUAGAUUUAAAAAUUCCCAUGCUGUUAGCACCGGGUUAAUUUAAGUCAACCUACAAAUUGACGGUCCAUAGC